UAUAAUAAACGUCAAAGUGACGUUAGUGACGUCACUACAACGUUUUAUAAUAAUUUUUUAGAAUGAAAAAAAACAAUUUUGUUACUCAUGAUACUAUAAAAGAAGGGGACCGAGUGACGUGUGACUAUGCUGAUAUUUAUUUCGAAGAUCAGUGUAAACACUCUGAGACGUCGCGAGAAGACGAGAUCAAUGUGGUGGUAUCUCAUGAAAAAGAUGAUAAAGAGGAAUGGAUAUCCCCCAGUGAUUUACUUAUAGGUGUACUUGAACUUACACCUCCUUUUACAUCGAGAAUAACGAGAGGAAAAACACAGGAGGGUAUUCUGGCUAUUGGGAAUGAGUUGUUGGAAAUUGAACAUGCAAAAUUUUUAACAUCGUUAUCUGCCAUGUUGGAAGAAAAUAACACUUCUUGGAAAUAUAUAUAUAAAUUUCAAAGACGCUUUAUUGAGAAGAAAGUAAAGACUAUUUACCAAAAUAUAUUCAAGCUCAAAAGUGCGAUAAUGCAGACAGAAAUAUCUAACUUCUAUAAAAAUACUCUUCAAGAGCUGGAAAACUAUCUGAGAUCUGAAAUUAGGGAUAUUAUUGAGAGCGCUCAGGCUGACAUUAUAUGUAAACUAAACGGGGAAAUAAAGUUAAGGCUUAAAAAAGAAAGACAAAUAUUGGAAAAAACCUUGCAAAAUAAGUUGGAGUCGGAAAUAUUGAAGAUUAAGAAAUAUUAUAAGUUACUGUUGCACAACGAAACAUACAGGAACAACAAACUUAUAAAAAAGGCUACACAGGAAAGAAACGAUGCUAUGACAGCUUUUUGUCACUACAUAGACUCAAAACGCAUUACAACUGCCAUGUAUGUAAUGAGUUCAGAAAGAAAGAAAUGUCGCAUGAAACAACUGCUGGUAGAAAAUAUACAAACUAGAGAAAUGAAUGAAUUAAUAGAAAAAAUAAAACAAAAAGAAGAUCUAAUAGAAGCAUUCCGACAAAAAGAUAAGCGGAUUGCCGACAUCAACUGGGAGUGGGAGCAAAACGUUCAAAACAUUCUGCGGCUCUUCUUAAAAUUUUUAAGUUUUUCCUUGAAACUUUUGCCGGAACAAACAACCUUCUUAUUGGAUUUCGAAAAGAUGGUUAUUUUACAAUUAAAUGAAAUAGCAAAAAGUCCUCAUCUAAAAUCUUCUAUCUUGAUCGACGAAGAAAAAGAUUUAAAAAACGUUUUUAAAUUUGAAACAAAAACACAAGGAGAAGAAGUAUGCACAAAGAAACCGUUUGUUUUAAUUGGCGAUUUAUCCGAUCCCAUCCCUUACGAAUACGGAAGCAGAGAAACGAUACCCCCCGAUGUAGAUCUGCCUUAUUUUACAUUAGAAAGACAAUAUAUUUAUGCUAAAUGUCAUGGUUACGAAAGUAUAAAAGAGUUUUUGAGAACACAGAUAUGUUUAUGUGACAAUAAAAAUGUGACAAAUAAAAAGGAACGGCAGUCGGAAGUGCCAACGGUAAGUGUGUUCAAAAGACAAGCCCCGCAGGCCUCUGCGUCGACAGUCAAGAGCACGUCUUCGAACGAAACAUUUAUUGUUAAUGAUAUUUCGCGUAUGGAAGAAUGUCCAGUCCGAAAAUGUGGUGACUGGAGCAAGAGAAAUACCUUCCCAUAUUUAGCCUCUUAUUUGGAUUAUACAGAGGAUAACUUCAGAAGAGUCGUGGCUAUUCUAGGAGAACCUUCCACGUUGGACUCACUUCCCCAAAACGCGAGUGCCAAAAGAAUCGCUAGACAGGAGUUACCAUUUUCAAAAACGAAGGAGCAAUGUCACACGGUAGGAACUCAAUACUCAAGUCAGGAAGAAAUAGCCAUCAAUGAAGUCCCCUGCUCGUGCGCCGAUGAUUUUAAUAUGAAAUUUCCAAUAGACAAAGAUGUUCCCUUGACCACCACAAUGAGCGACAUACUAAUGAAACGUAAAAGGUCGUUGGAUCGAUUGAUACAUGAUAAUCCUAAUUUGCUUAAAAUAUUCACAGACGAGUGCUUUGAUUAUAAAUUAUAGUCCAAGUGAUUACGAACCUGUCGAAUUAUGAUUUUGACGAAAAUUAAAAUAACUUUAAAUA